GCCCGCUUUGACAAGAUCAAACAGGUAAAAGCAGGUAUACUUGAUAUAGGCUACGCCGAAGUUGGACCUCAGAGCGGUCGUACCGUUAUUCUGCUUCAUGGCUGGCCAUACGACAUCCAUAGUUUUACUGAAUCUGCAGCUAUAUUGGCAACAAAGGGUUUCAGGGUCAUUGUACCACACCUGCGUGGCCAUGGCAGUACCACAUUCCUGUCUUCAGAAAGCCCCCGCAACGGUCAGCAAUCUGCCUUAGCACUGGAUGUGAUUGCAUUGAUGGACGCCUUAAAAAUCAGUAAAGCCAUUAUCGGAGGUUUUGACUGGGGUGCCCGAACCGCUUGUAUUGUGGCCGCCCUAUGGCCGGAACGUGUUCAAGCACUGGUAUCCGUAAGUGGUUAUCUGAUUGGCAGCCAAAAGGCCAACGAGAUGCCGUUAUCGCCUAAAGCAGAACAAGCCUGGUGGUACCAGUUCUAUUUUGCUACCGAGCGUGGUCGUAUGGGUUAUGAAGCGAACUGGCAUGAUUUUGCAAAGUUAAUCUGGCAAACUGCUUCGCCGAAAUGGCAAUUUGAAGAUGCCAUAUUUGAACGUUCAGCGGCAUCACUCGACCAUCCGGACCAUGUAGCAAUUGUGAUCCAUAAUUACCGCUGGCGACUAGGUCUUGCGGAAGGAGAACCGCAAUACGAUGUGCUUGAAAAACAACUGGCCACUGCUCCUGUCAUCAAUGUUCCUGCAAUCACGCUUGAAGGAGAUGCCAAUGCUGCCCCACAUCCGGAUCCCUCCGCUUAUGCGCUAAAGUUCAAAGCCAGGUAUAGUCAUCGUAACCUUAGUGGAGGUAUUGGACAUAACCUUCCGCAGGAAGCUCCGCAAGCCUUUGCCGAUGCCAUCAUUGAAGUU